AGAGCCGGUUUAUCCUAAUAGCACAUGUAGCACGUGCUACGGGCCCCGCGCUUCAGGGGACCCCGCGGUGAUGUGUACAUUUAUUUUCCCUAGGUAAUUUUUCCCCUCUCUCCGAGGGGGUUGUAAAAUAUAUAUCCUGGGAAGGGGUCCCGUUUUUUAUUUGUGCUGCAGGCCCCUCGGAUCCUUAAACCGGCUCUACAGAAUGAGUAGAUACAGACUUUGUAACAGCAAACAAAUCCAGAUUGUAGUUAAUUAGUCUACAGUCUUCUUUUGCACUAUUGGAUCAAACAGAUGUGCAGUGAUUGACAAGAAAAACAAACUGCCUACAAAACCUGAAGACAAGUCUCCAUCUUUUUAUACCUUUAACACAUUAGCAUAAUUUUGUGGCGAAAAGAUCCGAGAAGUCCCGACUUUGUUUCUAAUGUUUGAUGACGUCUUCCGAAUGGUGACGUAAAGUCAUUGUACUGUUACAUCACCAGGGUAACAUAUUGCAAUUGUUGAACAUGACCGCAGCCAUGUACAGCGUUUUACUGUUAGCUACAGUGUUAGUUCUACAACCUAUAGCCGGGCUUUGUGAAGAGAAGCCCGUGGAUUCUGUGUUGGAGCCCCCAGAACUCCCGGAGCAGUGGCGAGAGUUUGAUAACGAGCACGCAGAUCUCGACUAUGGUUCCACAGAUAUGAAGCCUGAUUCCAAGAAGAAAAAGUAUCCCGUAAAACCACCCGCUAUGUCUCAAGAAGUCAACAAAGAUGGUAUGUGUAAUUUCCAUUUGCGCCGAUGUUUGUCUAUGGUUGUCAAUAACAAUGAUAUUUCCAGGCCGGAAUUUAGGAUUAAGGUUAGGGUUGGGGUUAGCUUUUUUAUAAUAUGUGGUGAUACAUUUUCAAAUUUGUUAACUUAUGUAUAUCGUUAUAUUUACAAAAUAUACGGUUUUGUCUGAACAAACAAAGAAAAGAAUUUG